CAUGACCUUAUUAUGAGACACCUCCCAGCUGCAAUCAGUCCCUGUGAGCUAGGGCAGGCGUACAAGGUGCCAUGAAGUUAGCCGUGUAUAUCAGCGUUGCCCUGUUCUGGGCAUGUGUGAAUGGUGCCGCUGGCGCACCCAUCCCUAGCACAUGUGGAAGGCGCCCCCUAGUGGGAGAACAAUUUGGCUCCCGCAUUGUUGGAGGAAAAGAUGCGUUACCUGGAUCCUGGCCGUGGUUAGUAAGCGUUCAAGAGUUCAUGGACUAUGACUCGUACCUACAUCUUUGUGGAGGCUCCAUACUGAACGAGAAGUGGGUUCUCACAGCUGCCCAUUGUUUCAAGAAGAGGGGCGAUGAUGUCUACUCUUGGAGACUGGUAUUUGGCGCUAACCAGCUGUCACAUUUGGGAACAGGAGUUCAGAUUCGUGGCAUAGCCAAAAAAAUUGAACAUGAGUAUUACGUCGCGGACUCCGAAAGCAAUGACAUCGCCCUGCUGCUUGUAAAUAAGCCAAUCACUUACAACAGCUACAUUCAGCCUGCGUGCCUUCCGACGAAAACUGCCGACAUCAAUCUUAUGACUGAUUGUUACAUCGCUGGUUUUGGAGUUUUGAAGGAGGGAUCCACGGAACCAUCUGAUACCCUGCAGGAGGCUCAUGUGAUGAUGAUCCCUAACAAAGUCUGCAAUAGCCGCAAAUGGUACAAUGGCGCAGUGGGAGUGUACAACCUGUGUGCAGGCUACGAGCGCGGCGGCAUCGACAGCUGCCAGGGUGACAGCGGGGGACCGCUCAUGUGCAAAUAUCCAGGCUCUAAGAUUUUCUCAGUGGUGGGCGUAACCAGCUGGGGAUCCGGCUGUGGACAAGCGCUAAGUCCAGGGGUCUACACCUCCACCCAGUAUUACCUGGACUGGAUCCAUGAGAAACUAAAAAAGCUCUGAUGCUUUCUGAAGCCUGCCACCAAUUGUACAGCCAAUCAGUUUUACAGCAAUUCCAUCUGGCAGAAACGUAGAGGAGAACUUGGUGGCGCAUUAUUGUUUGUUACUGAAAUCUAUACAUUAAAUACACAUGAGUUUCUGCUGAAGAAUCGAUUUG